CUGUUCUAGGACAGCCUGUGGUUAAUGUAAACGGAGACGCUGGGGUAUGCGCAAUUGUAUAAAAAUUAAAGAAAGAAUAAAUGAAUACUACUAAGACAUAACUGUGACUAGGCUGCCAUAAAUUCACCAAAGUACAACAAUGUUGUCAUAGGGCAACGUGAAUAGUUACCACCGUCCACGCGGCACUUAAACAGUCCUAUGGAUGUCUCUACUUUGGUAACCCAACACCUCAACAAAAGAAUCCAAUCACAGUUAUUUUUCCAACAAACGCAUCGUUGAGGCUUUCCUUUUCUCCGCUUACACAGCUUCAUGACGCCAUCUCGUUCACGCUGCUCACAAAUCACCACCAUCAGGCUGUCAUUACGUAGGCGCCCAUGCCCAUGCCUGCAUUCACGCAUACCAACAGAAUAGAGUAGCAGGCAUCAUGCACAACAAUACUGGAUCAUGCAGCCGUAAGAACAGCAGCCUUACCGGCGCUUUCCCAACAGGAAACCCCCGCGGCGCCCUGCAUAGACACUGUGCGUGACUCACAGUCUGCGACGAUCAGAUAACUUUGCUCGAGUUAUCUGAUCCGAGUCUCCGAGCGCCACAAACCACCACUGCCACCACACUCUACCACUUCGUGGUCCGUUGGCUGUGCGCACCAUCACACCACCUUCUACGAACGCCAUCUGUCUGCCUACCUCUCUACCAAACAAACAAAACAGCAAUCCAUCUCAAGUGCCGUCGGUCGCCAUGUCCGAGCCGACGCCCGAGUAGUCCAGCGUCUAUAAGACCAGCGGCCUGACACCACCACUUUCAUCACCAUCAAACCAGCAUCAUCCACUACUACAAACCAACAACUUUCUUCUACUUCAAAGACUUCUUCUUCCAAUCACCAUGCCUGCCAUCACCACCAAGCUCGGCUACGUCAACGCCAUCGACAAGCACGCCGAGGCCGCCUUUGUCCGCCCCGACGCCAACCUCGCCCGCGCCCUCGCCAACACCGCGGCCAACGACAUCCCCAUGAUCAACGUCGACCCUCUGCCCGGCCAACUGCUCGCCAUCCAGGCCCGUCUUGUCGGCGCCAAGAACAUCCUCGAGAUCGGCACGCUCGCCGGCUACUCGACCCUCUGGCUGUCCAAGUCGGGCGCCAAAGUCACCUGCCUCGAAGUCAGCCAGAAGCACGCCGACGUGGCCGCUGAGAAUCUGCGCGCGGCCGGUCUCACACCCGACAUUAUUGUGGGCGAAGCAAUUAACCAGCUGCCCAAGCUGGUGGACCAGGGUAAAGUGUACGACAUGGUCUUUAUCGAUGCCGACUGGGAGCGCCAGGCCGAGUAUUUUGACUGGGCGGUCAAGUUGACGCGCAAGAGCGGCUGCAUCUUUGUGGAUAAUGUUGUGAGUGCGAUUAUCCGUCUGCGUGAGGGAAAGCCGGAGGGCUCGAUCCUGGAUAGUGUUGGUGCGGAUGAGCGUGUCUUGGCGACGUUGGUUCCGCGUGUGUACACUUCUGAUGACAAUGUGGAGACUAUGGGAUUUGACGGCGUGAUUAUUGCUGUUGUCAAUUAGGCCUGGAAAUACAGCUAGGAGAUAUCUUGCCGGUCAGGUAGCGUAGCAUGGCCAACUUCCUAUACUAGCUUACACCAUUCCACUGGGUUAAAUAGGCAAGAAGCACAUCCUCCACAUAGCAAUGACACUUUAUAUCGUCUAUACUCUUAGUUGAAGCUUUCGAAUUUGUUCUAGUCUGUCGUUGUGAAAGGAAAAACGGAAGAGAGGUAAAAGAAAAGCUACAGCUCGUCGCGCUUGCGCCCUCUACGCGAGCCCCCUAUGAGGCCCGCCUCCUGGAGCUUGUCCACAAGCCGGCUUACUUCCCUGCGGCAACUUUGUAACCUUUUGUAAUGUAUUUCAUCCCUCUCUUCAAACAAGCGCUUAUAAUUAGCCCCGAGAUACCUUGCAAGAGACUCACCCCACCGCUCAGCUGUCAUGUUGGACAUGACAUGCUGUGCCACCGCCGUUUUUAUAAACAUUGGCUUCAGAGCAAUCAAAAACAAAUGGUUAAGUAGCAUGAAAACCACUCCCAGUCCAUGAAUGCACAUGAGUCGCUGCUCAGCAGGCACAUAAAGCAUGCUAAUCAGCUUAGCGACCGUUCGCACCGACCACGUCCUCCCCUGGACAACUUUUACCACAUGCUACGCACAUUGGCACACACAGCCCUUUUUGCACUGUCCGCGUUUUUACACUCACCACCAAACCAUACCACCAGAAUAAUGGAGGAAGAUCAUCCUGCUGCUGCAUACGCCACCGAACAAAAGUCAGCGCAACAUGUGGCAACUCGCCAAAGAGCAGGUCCAGCAACCACUUGGACCGUGUAUUCAUAUAGCUAAUCGACACGCGCUCCACUUUGCCCUUGGCAACGAGAUAUUCGACGAUUUCUUCCUCUUGCUGUUCUGUCAGUCACCGCCAGCAAAGAGGGGAAGCUUCGUCAAUUUCUGACCACCUUCAAAGUUGGCAGGCCGCGGCCGUGCUGGAAAUGUCUCUUCUGGCCAGAUGUGCCAAAAGUACUGGAUGGGGAUCGCAAGGACUACAAGGAGAACGUUGAUGCCAACGGUGUGCAGGGGGGCUCCUGAGGGCUCGGCCUGGACGUGGUCGUCGGGAUUCCAGGUCUGGUUCACGAGGUGGCCGGCCAGAAUGUCGUACGAGAGGCUAUUCGAAGCCGUAUAGUUUUGUAGACUGGAUCCGCGAGGCCAGGUUCAAAAUAGCCCCAAUUCUUGAGCAUCAGGGGCACCAGGUCGAGAAGCGCA